GUUCUUUUUUAUUUUUAUUUCCAAUUCGAAAAUUUUCGUGUAAUGUGUUCGUGAAUUGAAGUUGAUUUCGCUGGCUCUUAAUUCUUGUGUCUAUCAUCGAAAAUAAUGCACUUAAAAGCAUUUUAAAAUAAAUUUAUAAAUUUACAAAUAAUUGGCAUAGUUACUUUAAUUAAAUCGUCUUUUUAUUUAAGCAUUAAAGGGAUUGAUAGAGCAAAAAUUUCACAAAAAUGCCAAGGAGACGACCAAAUGUACCUGCCCCAGAAGGGAAAGUAGAUUUAGCAAAGCUUCCUGCCAGAGUAGACCGUGUUAUUGUGACAGGUCUCUCAAGGACACACAAUGAUUAUGUUAUGAAAACUGCCGAAAGCCUUUUCAAAGUCACAAAUUUUCAAGAUGUUAUGCUUGAGUGUAUGAACGCAAAUUCCUAUUUGCAUGAAUUGGGUAUAUUUAAAGAAAUUGGUAUAAAAAUCGAUGUUAGCCACGCACCAGAUGCCACUCCAAAUGGUUAUGAAGUAACAUUCAAAGGCAAAGAACUAUCACGAUUAGUUGGGUCAAUUGGUACUGAAGUGGGUCAAAAUGAAGGUUCCCUAAGAACAGAAUUAACAAUACCCAACAUCUUUGGCAGAGGAGAAAGUUUAGCUCUACAAGGUUCCUACAGUAGUACACGGGCAAAUGAUGUUACGCUUAAAUUUUGGAAAUCAUUCUUCCAUACGAGGCUUUUUGAAAAUAGACCUGAAUUUUCAUUAUCAGUAUUUAGACAUAUUGACCGAAUGGAUAUUAGCUCAUUUCAAAAUUCCAAUCUUGGGCUAAUGAGUGAUUUUUCAAUAAGCACAUUUUUCCCAUUUCAGCUUCGUCACUCCUUCCAAUAUGAAUCCUCUGUGCGAGAGAUCUCACUUCUGGGUAAAUCAGUUCCAUUUGCAAUUCGAGAACACUGUGGCCCGAGAUUAGCUUCACUUCUUCGUUAUAUUGUCGCCUAUGACCAAAGAGACAAUCCAGUAUUUCCUAGUCAAGGAAUUAUGGUUAAGUCAACAAGUGAAUACAGUGGAUUGGGUGGCAAUAUUUCCUACAUGAGCACCAAUACACAUGCUGAGGUCAGUGUACCUAUAAUUGGAGGAAUAGUGGCCCAGCUUUGUGGACGAGUAGGAAUUGUGAACCCAACUAAGUCAGCUAGUGAUCUACCCAUUAGUAAUCUUUUCUAUAUUGGUGGACCACAAACACUUCGAGGUUUCCGAUUUGGUGGUGCCGGGCCUCGAGUGGAUGGUACUGCUAUUGGAGCGCAGAGUUACUGGUCAGCUGGAUUUCAUUUAUGGAGUCCAUUGCCAUUCAGUGGAGUUUUCAAGGGCCUAUCAAACAAUUUCCGAACACAUCUCUUCUAUAACCUUGGUAAUUUCAACUCAUUUACAACUGAAAACAUGCGAAGUGCUGCUGGUAUCGGACUUGCAUUUAAAUUAGCCCAACGUGCCCGUAUCGAGCUCAACUAUUGUGUGCCAAUCCAAAAAUACCAGGGUGACAAGACAGUCAAUGGUUUCCAAUUUGGAAUUGGUUAUGAAUUUGUUUAAAGUCUCAAUCAGUCAAAGUUAAUUCGGUUUAUAAGAAAUGUUUUGUUUUGUGUUCCAAGGAAGAGAGCGUUACUAAUUUUACCUGAAGAUUCUUUAACAUUUCAUGUCACAAACACACCGCCGCCGCCGCCGCCUUCGACCCUAACUAUGGAUGAUGCUUUUUUUUGUUAAUUAAUUAUUUAAAAAUAUGAAGAAAAAAAACGAUUAAGAAAUUCAAUGCAUUUUAAGAAGAAACGAAGAUAAUGUAGAUUUUAGAUUUAGUUGUCCCGCGCUAAUGUUUCAAUUUUAAUGUAAAACUCAAGAGAAAGAAGAAAAAACUGUAAAACUUAAAUAUAUUAAUAUAUCAUCACAAAAUGCAAAUAAAAAGAGAAAAAUAUCUAUCAUACAACAGCUAUGACGUAUGACAAUUGAA